AUGCCGUAUUCGGUAAUUUGCAUCCUAUUGGUCUCAUUGGACAGUCGAUUCCGCAAAAAAGCUAAACAAUACCGCCUCCACACGUGCCAGCACUGCGAGACCUUCAUCGUAGACACUGCCAAGGCCGAGGCCUCCAAGAAUCGCGAAACCAACCUGGGUCUCUUUCACAUCCCCGGAGCACAGAUUUUCAAAGCAACGUCGGACGACUGCGCACUCUUUCAACCCUGCGUUGUCACUCUUGAGAAGGAUCUCAUACCUCGGACGCUAGUGAAAGUUGUGAAUGAGGAUGUUGCUCGUCAGUUCACUCUCGUCGUUACGAUUUGGUACAUUCGCAGGGCAGAUGGUAGCCAUGAAAUGACUAUAGAGGGGGCUUGGAGGCGAAAUGGUCCUCCGGAGAGUUGGCUGUCGAUGGGCGUAACGAGGUUUAGCCUAUGGCCUCAUAAGGAUGCUUCUUGCGGGAACAAAUUCACGUCGCACGCUGUUCAGCCGACCGUCAGUUCCGAGAAAGCGUUCACGAACAUGCAAACGUCGUUGGAUGAAUGCUUGAGCUCUCAUGCUGAGUGCACUCGGACUUCCUUGCCACCCCCCUCUCGACUUGUGGAUGUUCAAAACCUCCGCCUAGUCGAUUCAGCUCCCAUAGGUAGCCCGACCUGGGCCGCCUUGUCUUACUGCUGGGGUGGCCCUCAAAAGGCUCAGACGACCAGCCAAAACGUCAAGAACCGCUAUCAGUCCAUCGACUUUGACGAUAUGCCACUGACUCUACGCGAUUCCAUCCGUACAUGCCGCGAAUUAAACCUCCCAUAUCUCUGGAUAGACUCGAUCUGUAUCAUCCAGGAUGACGAAAACGACAAAGCUCGAGAGAUCAACAAGAUGCCCGAAGUCUAUCAAGGAGCCCUUAUUACUUUAUCAGCGUCUUGCGCCACCACCUGCCACGGAGGGUUCCUACAUGACAGACUUCAUCCAGCUCCAGGAGUAGCAUUGCCAAUCAGAGGCCCUGAAGGAGAUUACAACAUUAUUCAGGCUGUCAAGUGGAAGGGUCCCGUAGACGAGCCCAUCGACACAAGAGCAUGGACCUUUCAGGAACAGGCUCUAUCUGAGAGGAUCAUCGACUAUGGGAGUCAAAGAGCCUCAUACUUUUGCAACAGCUCUGGCAAGAAACACCGCUUUGGGACGCUGCCUUCGCCAACUGAUGACCUUCUGCGAGUGGAGUGGGCAAACACAGUGGCAAAGUAUUCGGCGCGUCAGUUGACAUUCGCCAGUGAUAGACUGAAUGCUGUCGCAGCUGUGGCGAGUCGGUUCGCCGAAGCGGCCGGUCUAUCGUCGUCCGACAUCUUGGAGGCUGAAGUCAAAGUUGGGAAUGCUCUAUUGCCUUUCGGAAGUGUCGCAAGCAGCCGCAUCACCAUCAACGGCCCUCUGGUCCACACAACGCUCAAGCUUUCAUCCGGAGAGGCUCGCUUUCGCCACGACGGUGGUGGCGAGCACUCGGUGGAGCUCUUUCUGGAUAAGGAAGAGAAGAUAAAAGCAAAGUCCAUGUCGGUCUGGUUGCUAGAGCUGCUAUUUCACUUGGGGCCAGAAAACAGCAUGGGACCUGGGAGUGAUACCCGGUUCGGAUUGAUACUUAAAUCGACAGGACAGGGGCAGUUCACGAGGAUCGGGAUAUACAGUGAGUGGAUUCCCCAGGAUAUCCCCGUAGCCAACCACAAGCCUCGCAAUGAUAUGUGCAAACGGUGCAAGGAGAUUUCUGGUACAGCGGUUUCCAAGGUCGAGCUUGUUUAA